CAUCCCACCACCCUUCCCGCACCCCUAACCCCAACCCUAACCCCGACCCUAACCCCAACCCCCACUGUUCGGUAAUCGGACAGCCACCGCGGAGGCUGCGCGUUGGGGCAUCUCAGCCUGGAUGCGAUCCGUGAUCAAACACGCGCCGUCACACAAACGGCAUCCCAACAGUACACACACACGCACACGCGCACGUGCGCAUCACGACAGUAUAUAACAGUACUUAUUUAUUUCCUUCGUAAAUGGCGCUAACGCACCAGGCUCCAUCUCUGACCGAUGUUCAUCUUCUUCUGCUGCUGCUGCUUCUUCUUCCCUGGGAGUCUUCCUCUGCUCCUGUCGCAGCCGCGAGCGAGUUUCGCCACGUAGUUUGCUUGCUUGCUUGGCGAGGGUGAUGGUGGCGGUGUUAUUAAGUGGUGGUGGUUGUUGUUGUUGUGUCCGGAGCCGAGCAAUUAUGUCAGCUUGUCAAUACGCGUGCGUAAAAAGUCCUCCUCCAACUUGAAGGCCAUCCCUGCGCGUGAAGAAUCCAUCUCAUCCCGGUCUCGCGCUGUUGGAAGUGCGGUGGGCGGGCGGGCGGGGUGUGUGUGUGGAUUUCUUCUUCUCCGCGUGAAAUAUAUUUAAUUAAUUCCGGUAAAGGUCAUCUUUUGUGUCCGCUCCACCUCCGUAUCUCCUUUUGACUCUUUUCUCAUUUUCAAAGUCGCCCCCUUUUCUGUUGCCUCUCUUCUGCUUCCAAAAAACACCGCCGAACAGGGCCCCACCGCUCACCCACUCACCCAACCAACCACCCACCCGCAGCACGCACACACACACGCGCGUACACAAGAACACACACGCACAGAGGGGGGGCCGAUCUUGAGCAAGGAGGAGAAGAAUUCGAAGUUUCGCGUUAACACACUCGCUAUGGCAAUGGUGGUCGGAAAUCCAUGGCGAGAACCUCCAAACGGAACUCCUAUCGCGAGCGGUAACAGCACACAGACCUCGUCGUCAUCAUCAUCCUCUUCAUCAGCAGCAGCAGCAUCAUCAGCAGCCGUGUCUGGAAGUGCUUCGCUAUUACUGGGGCAGCAGCAGCAGCAGCAGCAAACCUCAAGUCUGCAGACAUCAAUCGCGGUUGCGGGAAACGUGAGCAGCGUCGAUUCACUAUCCUCUUCCUCGUUAUCCUCCUCAUCAUCAUCAUCAUCAUCCUCAUCCUCCUCGUCGUCCUCGACGUCGUCAGCGCACGGGACAAAGUCGGCGUCCGCCUCUCAUCAUCAUCAACAACAACAGCAGCAGCAUCAGCAACAACAACAACAUCAUCAUCAGCAGCAGCAGCAACAGCAGCAGCAGCAGAACGCGGAGUGCGUGGUGUGCGGCGACAAGUCGAGCGGCAAGCACUACGGGCAGCUGACGUGCGAAGGCUGCAAGAGCUUCUUCAAGCGGAGCGUUCGACGCAACCUCAACUACGCGUGCCGCGCGGCGCGCGCCUGUCCCAUCGACCAGCACCACCGCAAUCAGUGUCAGUACUGCCGCCUCAAGAAGUGCCUCAAAGUGGGCAUGCGGCGAGAAGGUGGGCCUGCGAGAGCCGUGCAGCGGGGACGCAUGCCUUCGUCCAUGCAGCACCCUGCGACUCCGGGGGGCGCGUACGCGCUGCAGCCCAACGGCGGGGACCCCCUGCUGAACGGCGCUGGGGGCCACGCCGCCUCGUACCUGUCGGGCUACAUCUCGUUGCUGCUGCGCGCAGAGCCCUAUCCGACGUCGCGCUACGGCAGCCAGUGCAUGCAGCCCAACAACCUGAUGGGCAUCGAGAACAUCUGCGAGCUCGCCGCGCGCCUCCUUUUCAGCGCCGUCGAGUGGGCCCGGAACAUCCCCUUCUUCCCCGAACUACAGGUGGGGGACCAGGUGGCGCUGCUGCGGCUCGUGUGGAGCGAGCUGUUCGUGCUGAACGCCGCGCAGUGCGCCAUGCCGCUGCACGUGGCGCCGCUGCUGGCCGCCGCUGGGCUCCACGCGUCGCCCAUGUCCGCCGAGCGCGUGGUGGCCUUCAUGGACCACAUCCGCAUCUUCCAGGAGCAGGUGGAGAAGCUCAAGGCGCUGCACGUCGACUCGGCCGAGUACAGCUGCCUCAAGGCCAUCGUGCUCUUCACGUCCGACGCGUGCGGCCUCUCGGACACGGCGCACGUGGAGUCUCUGCAGGAGAAGUCCCAGUGCGCACUUGAGGAGUACGUGCGCACGCAGUACCCCAGCCAGCCCACGCGCUUCGGAAAGCUGCUGCUGCGCCUGCCGUCACUGCGCACCGUCUCGUCCGCCGUCAUCGAGCAGCUCUUCUUCGUGCGGCUCGUCGGCAAGACGCCCAUCGAGACGCUCAUUCGCGACAUGCUGCUGUCGGGCAGCAGCUUCAACUGGCCCUACAUGUCCAUACAGUGACGGGCGUCGCGGUGACGGCGGCGGCGGCGACGACGCGGGGCUUCGAAUUUCGUUUCCCACCCGCCCGGAGCGAGCAGUACGAUGGAUUUGGAGUGCCGGGUGCAGGGAAUUCUUGCCGGGUCGCCGCGUGGAUCGGAGCGGUUGCCGCGUCCUUGGAGUAGCCGCGGCCACCGCGGGAGAGGAGGAUGCGGCGUUUGCCCUGGAGCGGGAGUCGCGUUUCAAAGCUGGAUGGACCCCAGCUGAAAUUAAUCCCUGGAACUGGACAAGAGGAGCGGAGGAAGAUGCAAAGUGCGCUGGUGGUGAUUCAUGGGGAGUGGUGUAGGAUGUACGGUGAUGAUGAUGGUGGUGACGGUCGGGGAGUGACGUGUGGAGUUGGUUGUGACCAUUGUUGGCAUGAUUAUGAGUUACAGUAGCUGUAGCAAUAUGCACUUUCCAUCACCAUCAUCAGCAGCAUUGCCAUAAUAAUAAUUAUGAACAUCAUAAUUCUAUUCAUAAUCACCAUCAAAUCAUAAUCUCUGUAACGAACCACUAUAUCAUGAUCAUAUGUUCAUCAGCAGGACCAACGGCAUUACAUCAUCAUUUAUUUAUCAGCAGCAGUAACACCGAUGUCAUCACGAACAUCAGCCGUGGUCAAUCCGCUGCUGGACAAAUAUUUCCCCAAGCCGACACUGCAUCUCGCGAUCCUGCGGUGUAACGAUCUACGGAUCGAUUCAUUCUCCGCAUUUCUUCGGCGUGCAUUCUCUCAGAUGUGUCCCAUGACCACCACCACCAUCACCACCAUCGUCAACACUGAGCAAAGCACGCCCGUCAGCUUCACAGCGGACGCUAAAAUAACACCGUGGCGUAGCUGUAGAAGAGCCCACGACCCCAGAGUAAAAACAAAAAAAAGAGACGCGACUCUCGGUCGAUGUUGACUCGUUCGCAAAGACGAGAGGCGAGCGACCCGGAGGGAACGGAACUUCUCGCGAGUGAACAUUCGGAGUGAUGUCGUGAUCGCACGCAAGCCGAGACGCUGACAACGUACGUACGCACGACGGUGAACUCGCAGUCACGAAGCCCAAUGUAAGUCGGUCUCCGGAGCUGCCCUACCCCCGCUGCACGCGCGGAUCAUACCGCCUGCGGAAAUAUUACGUGAAACGGAGCGAACGCUGAAAGACAACGGGCACACAAAUGAAACGUACGCACCACAACACAGAGACGGCGAUUAACAUUAUACGUGUGUGUGUGUGUGCAUUUAACCUUGAAGGGGGAGGGAAACUGUAGAACUUUUUUUAAAAUUGUACGUCGCCGCGCGCGCGUAUGUGUGAGCGUGCGUGCGCUAUUAUUUGCGUCUGUCGAGAUUUCUCAUUUUCGCGUGGAAGGACUAGGGAGGGGGGCUCGUGAUUAAGAGGCUCAUUUUAAAAUCAUCGCAGGUAUUUUCUUUGUUUUACUUACUGCAGAGGCUCGCCACGCGAUUGUGCCGUGAAGCUGUCCGAUGUGGCCCUCGAAUUGUGGCGCUUCUUGCUCGGGCGCCACGCCCGACGUUUCAUUCCACGUGGCCGGAGGCUUCUUCAGGAGCGGAAGAUCUAAAUCUCCUGGCGUGUGGAGCGGAACGUUGGACAUCGUGCCGAACAACACGCGGUA